AAGCUUUCGUUUACCCGUAUGGCAUUCCUAGAGCUUGUUACUCAUCGCACUUUAGACGAUGUAGUCUUAAUAAAGUCAAGGUGGUGAAUAUGAGUUUUUGUAAAGAGGAGGAGGCAGGAGUGGUGAAGUGAGAGCCCCAGAUCUAAGUUUUAAUACCUAAUUGACCACUCUGUGACCGAGAAUGAGUCACUUAACUUUCUUGAGAGAGUAUUCUCUCCAGCACAGCGGACUGGACAAGGUGAACGUUACUGCCUCUUCCGCGAAUAAAUUUUCUCUGUUUUUGUUAUGUCCUGAUUUUCGUUACGUUGAAAAGUGAGAAUCCAAUUAGAAAUACAUGUAGGAAUUCACUUGGGACCUUAUGAGUAUGCUGUCUUAGAUUGAAGUUAGACUAGUGAUUAGUUUUAUUUGGGAAGGUGCUUUAAUUUUGUUCAAUUAGAUAUAAGCAAAAAACUUACGAGCUUUUAAAAUUUUACUCUUUCUUUCAAAAGUCAGUGUAUUGUGUUUCAAAGUAGAAGUACUAUUUUAAAGGGUUGGUUAGUUUGUUGGUCUCUAAGCUUUUUUGGAAGAUCGACGGCGGGAAUUUCUGGUGGAGGAAGUGCCCGGAACUUAUAAUAUAUAGAUGAAAAUCCUAACUCUGCAGCCAGUUAGAUUGUGAUUAUCUUGUGAAGAAGGCCAUGUAGUGCCCAUACUCUCUGUACCCGAGAUAGACACUAAUUGAGUACAUACCGAUUUAUUGAAAUGUGGAAGUGAAAAAAACGUUGCUAGCAGUCAGAUUACAGGCGUGCUUUUUAUGACAUUGCUCAUUAAAUCUGAAUAUAGAGAAAGAUUUGAGAUUGGAAACAAUUUGACGGAUUUAUUGCAUAGCUAAUCACGUGGUAAUGUAUAAUGUAUUGCAUACGUUUUAUGGUAAAAUAUGAAAUAAUAGUACUUUUCCUAAAACGCCUAUUUUUAAGGAUAUCAAUGAGCUGAAAUACACUGUUAAGAUCCUACUUCUUUUUUUAUUGCUUUCUCAAUGUAGAGAAAGUUAUCUAAAACUGAAAUUCAGGGCUUUUUUACAAUUUUUUUUUAUUGUCUGCUUUAAGAUAAUUUAGCAUUUGUCUUGACAAAAGCAAAUCUUUGUAUUGUUAAUCUGACGUUCAAUUAUAAAAUCAAAAACAGAUUGAUGACCACAGGAGGACCACAUAAACCACAGGUAAACUCAGAUUGUUUUUAGCACAUAGAGGAACCCAGGUGAAAACUUACUAAGUUUCAUCUGUUCUUCUUUUAUUUAACAAAUAAUUGUUGAGCACCUACUCUAUGUCUGGUAUGUUCUUAGGCACCAAAUAUGCAGCAGUGAACCAGCAGAUGAGAAUUCUGCCAGGGAACGAAGCAUGGCAGCCUAAAAGUCUCAUUGUUCAGAAGUGCAGCAACAGAAGUUUAAUCAGUGCAUGGUGUUGUAAAGGCGGUGUGAAUUAACAUUCAUAUAGUUUUGUUAGCUCUGUAAUGAAGUGGACUUAUUAAUAACUCAGUAACCAACCUAUGAUAAAAAAAAAAAAAUAGUACUAUAGACUGAAGCUUUAAAUUCCAUGACCUUUAUUAAGAAAAAUCAGAGCUGAGGCAAACAUUUCUUAAUAUUUAUCCCAUAACUGGAUUUUAUUUUUAAGUGUUCUUCACAUAUAAUGAACAUAGUAAUAAGUACUAUCAGAUGUCAUUGUUCAUUCAACUUUUUUUCCCCAGUAUUUAUCCAGCACCCGCUAUGUGUUGGACACUUCUAAGUGCUGGGAAUAAGGUGGUGAGUUUAAGUCUUAGUAGCACUUACAUUCCAUGGAGAGAGUCACAUACUAAACAAGUAAACAAGCUUAUAAUGAAUGUUAGGAGGCGUUAAAAGCUGUAAAGAAAACUGAAGAAUAAGAGGAAUGGGAGGCCUUUCUGAGGGGGGAUAACAUUGAGCAGAAACCUGAUUGAAGUAUCUAGGAAAAGAGUGUUCCAAUUGAAGAGAACAGGAAGUACAAAUACUGGUACAGAGAUGAGCAGAGAACAGUCCAAGGGCCAAAAGGUCUGUGUGUUUAGUUAAGAAAGUAGAGUGGUGGAUAGAGUAAUAGAAAGUGAGAUUAAGGAAAUAAGGGGCUGGGAGUGGUUUUAAGUAGAAGAGUGUGUGUGUGUGUGUGUGUGUGUGUGCGCGCGCACGUGCACUCACAGGAUGAUGGCAAACCAACUUGUUUCUCACACUGUGCUCUUCUGUGCUUGCUUCUGAGGUUAUUCCAACCUAGACAUGCUUCUUAUCUGGCCUAAUUUAAACUGUCAUUCUUGUCCUUAGGUUAAUAAUGUCUGAUGUCUUUAUGGACCGUAUACCUCUUGUUGCCCUGGUUUUAGUCAGUUUUGUCACUUUGGCAUUAAGAGUAGCUUCCUGUUCCUCCCUCCUUAUUCUAACUUGUUUUAAUUUUUGGUAAUUAGUGAACACAGUUGACUGGAAAGGUUUUGACACUUUUCAGAAGUUACAGGGAAAAUAUUUUUUAAAUAUACCCUGUUAACAGAGACUUCUGAAGGUUUUGUUGACUUUACGGUAGCAUUUUCAACCUAGCUAGUGUGAUAUCAUGGGUUAGGAAAGAUGAAUUCAUUAGUAAUAUCACGUUACCAAAAUAACCUGGUUGUGAUGUUUUACUUCUGUAUAGUGUUCACAUGUAAAAAUAUCAACAAAUUUGCAUAGCUUUUUUAUUAAGGAAAAUAUUUACUUAGUACCAGUUAAUAGAUGAAUGAGCAGAUCUAUAUAUUGCAGUUAUUUCAAAAUAUAUUUUUAGGUUUCACAAACCUAAACAAUGCCUUUAAACCCUGCGUGGCCUUUUUUCACAGAUCAGAAAACAACUACUUGUCUUUCUGUAUUUUGUAAUUAUUAAGCGAAUUGCUAUAUGAGCAUUUUAAGUAGUUUUAGUAACAUUUGGUAAUUUUAAGUAUUCAUGGAUAUUUCUGAUUUACUCUUGAUAAUAAGUAUAGUGCGUUAUACAUCUUGAAUUCUUUCAGCUUCUUUCCUUGCCGCUGAUUGACAAUUCACAAGUCUGGUAUUGCUCUUGGUAUUCCCAGAGAUUUUCCCUGUAAAUGUGAAAGCAAGCAUUCUCUAUGAAUGUUUUGUAUUUGUCCUAGUUGUAGCUUGGGGCUAUUACCUGACAAAUGGAAAGUUCUUAAAUUCUUAGACAGGGUUAGAGCUUAAAGUCUGCCAACUCUUUGUUAAUUAAUGUUCAUUUUUAGUACAGAGAUCUGAACACUUAAGUCAUCAUUUUCUUAUAUUUUGAGCAAUUAUUAUUAUAAAGUAUCGUUGAGUCCCAAAUGAAGUUUUUGGGGGGUCAGAGAGUGUUAAUGAUCAGGUAAAUUUGCGUGACUACCUGGGUUUUAUCUUUGAAUAUUUAAUUAUGUUUUUCUGUGCUAGUUUUGCCUACAUUAAAAAUAUAACAAAUAAGGUGUUAGAAGCAUGCUCUGUUCUCCUAGGUGGCAGUCUAAAUUUGCUUCUCUGGGUCUGGAGGCUUUUAGAAUGUUAUGUUCUUCAGCAGUGUUUUUUGCCCCUUGUAUUACUUCUCCAGUGGAGGUGGAGUUAAGGUUACAGGUAAUUUUCCCAACCCCUUUGAGAACAAUAACAACAGAAGUCUUCUCCUUAGUAAACAGAUCUUUGAGUAAACAUUUGACUAAACUGUUCCUUAAGCUCCUUAUUCUGUCCUAAGUUCCUGAUGGUAGCAGGAUGGGAUGGGACUUGGUUCCUUAUGAAGCUUUCUUUUCCUUGUCGCCUUUGUUCAUGUGGAAGGUGCAACAGCUGCUGUGGCUUGUGCAUUUGUCUUAGUCGCUGCUUUACAUAGUCUAUAUUUUGAUAGAGAUAUUACCUUUCUGAAUGAUAAUUGAUCAAGUCCUCUGUUAAAAUCGAACAAGUCAUCUGUCACUUAACUAUAAGUAUUAUAGUGAAAUUUUGUUCCCUUUGGAUGUAUAUUAAAUUUAGAUGUUUUAGUUUAGUUUUGUUUCUUUUAAUCUUCACACCAGGUCUUUUCUGUGCUUUAGGUUGACUUUUCACCACACUGAAACCAUUAGGAAAAAUCCUUGUGGUUAACAGCAGAGGCUUCAGAGUGUAACCUGUACUGGGGCCUAGAAAUUAUUUUAAAUGGCGACUGAUACGUCUCAAGGUGAACUCGUCCAUCCUAAGGCACUCCCACUUAUAGUAGGAGCUCAGCUGAUCCACGCGGACAAGUUAGGUGAGAAGGUGGAAGAGAGCGCCAUGCCGAUUCGUCGAGCUGUGAAUUCUACCCGGGAAACUCCUCCCAAAAACAAGCUUGCUGAAGGGGAGGAAGGAAAGCCAGAACCAGACGUAAGUUCAGAGGAAUCUAUCUCUACCGUAGAAGAACAAGAGAAUGAAACUCCACCUGCUACAUCUAGUGAGGCAGAGCAGCCAAAGGGGGAACCUGAGAAUGAAGAGAAGGAAGAAAACAAGUCUUCUGAGGAAACCAAAAAGGAUGAGAAAGAUCAGUCUAAAGAAAAGGAGAAGAAAGUGAAAAAAACAAUACCUUCCUGGGCUACCCUUUCUGCCAGCCAGCUAGCCAGGGCCCAGAAACAAACACCGAUGGCUUCCUCCCCACGUCCCAAGAUGGAUGCAAUCCUAACGGAGGCCAUUAAGGCGUGCUUCCAGAAGAGUGGUGCAUCAGUUGUUGCUAUUCGAAAAUACAUCAUCCAUAAGUACCCUUCUCUGGAGCUGGAGAGAAGAGGCUACCUCCUUAAACAAGCACUGAAAAGAGAAUUAAAUAGAGGUGUCAUCAAACAGGUAAAAGGAAAAGGUGCUUCUGGGAGUUUUGUGGUGGUCCAGAAAUCAAGAAAAACCCCACAGAAAUCUAGAAACAGAAAGGACAGGAGCUCUGCAGUGGAUCCAGAACCACAAGUAAAAUUGGAAGAUAUCCUCCCAUUGGCCUUUACUCGCCUUUGUGAACCUAAAGAAGCUUCCUACAGUCUCAUCAGAAAAUACGUGUCUCAGUAUUACCCUAAACUUAGAGUGGACAUCAGGCCUCAGCUGUUGAAGAAUGCUCUGCAAAGAGCAGUAGAGAGAGGCCAGUUAGAACAAAUAACUGGCAAAGGAGCUUCUGGAACAUUCCAGCUGAAGAAAUCAGGGGAGAAACCCCUGCUUGGUGGAAGCCUGAUGGAAUAUGCAAUCUUGUCUGCCAUUGCUGCCAUGAAUGAGCCGAAGACCUGCUCCACCACUGCUCUGAAGAAGUAUGUCCUGGAGAACCACCCAGGGACCAAUUCUAACUAUCAAAUGCAUCUGCUAAAAAAAACCUUGCAGAAAUGCGAAAAGAAUGGGUGGAUGGAACAGAUCUCUGGUAAAGGAUUCAGUGGCACCUUCCAGCUCUGUUUUCCCUAUUACCCCAGCCCAGGAGUUCUAUUUCCAAAGAAAGAGCCAGAUGAUUCUAAAGAUGAGGAUGAAGAUGAAGAUGACUCAUCAGAAGAAGACUCUGAGGAUGAAGAGCCUCCACCUAAGAGGUUACAAAAGAAAACCCCAGCCAAGUCAUCAGGGAAGGCUGCAUCCAUGAAGCAGAGAGGGUCCAAGCCUCUACCGAAAGUCCCAGCUGCCCAGCGGGGGAAAGCUAGGCCCCUGCCCAAGAAAGCCUCUCCUAAGGCCAAAACUCCUGCCAAGAAAGCUAGACCCUCACCCUCAGUCAUCAAGAAACCUAGUGGUGGCUCUUCAAAGAAGCCUGCGGCCAGUGUGAGAAAGGAAGUGAAAUUGCCUGGCAAGGGCAAAUCUACCAUGAAGAAAUCUUUCAAAGCAAAAAAGUAAAUUUUAUAGGGAAAAAAGGGUAUCAUGAUGAAAUUUAAAAUCUUAUUUUAUAAGGUCAGUGUGCAUUUGUUUUAGUUUUGAUGCUUUUAAAAUUAUAUUUUUUCCUUCCCCUCAGAACAUUGUGAGGAGGGAAUAUAAAUAAACCAGUUUAGGCAUUCGUUAGCUUUUGGCACUAUUCUUGGUGUCUGCCCCUUCCCUCGGUCAUUUCAUUUUCUGCGAUAAUUCUGGACUUGCCUGAACUGUAUAAUCUAUACAUGUCUAUUUUUCUCCCUCCACCCCAACCCUCUUUUUGUUUGUUUGUUUGUUUGUUUGUUUGUUUGUUUGUUUAUGGUCAGCCUUGGCUUUUUUUUCCCCUUCCGGUUUUAUCUAAACAGUUGCAAAGGUUUUUAUAUUUGUAGAAAGCAUCAAGAACAGGAUGUUGGUCAGAUGCUGGAAGUAAAAAGGAGGCACUGACUGAAUUGUAAAGCCUUCUGCCUGGAGACUUCAGUUAUAGCUAUCAUAAUUAAUCUUAUUUAUAAAACCACUCCACUAACCCUUUCUCUCUAACUAUAAAUGCAGAGAUGUCGUAGCUUUGGGAGCAAGCCAAAAACAUGAUCUCGUUAGAUUCCGAAGAUGAACAACUUCUUUGGGCCACUUUUCACAUUGAUCACUUCCAGUAUUGUUCACUGGCCCAGGGCAUUGCAUUCCCUUAACAGCAAGCACAAGUUCUCUCCACAGCUUCGUUUUUGACUGAAGGGGAAAUAUAAGAAUAUAUUGAAUUUGUGAUUUCUGGUGUCACCUGUGUUAGCAAAAAUCAAAACAUAAAAUCUUGACCAAAUGUUUAAAUAUAUUUUUUAAUAUUUGGAGCAUGAGUUAUCACUUCUCGUUUGCCUUUUUUUAUGAGGAAAUGUUGGAGAGUUACAUCAUUGCUAAUGUAGGAAUGUUAAAUGGAAAAACAUAAAAUUUGCGAAAAUAAACUAGAUUCCAGAUCAUCUGUGGGUUCUUCUCCCCUCUCUUUCCACAGCACUUUUGCGAUCAAACAAGUGGCUUCCUUUUUGAGAUAUUUAAAAAAAGCGAAAAGGAAAAAAGGAAAGUAAGCCCGACUACCUAACCUCUAAUUUGUAUUUGUUUUAGUAUUGUGAAGUUGUGUUAAAUAGUACUGGCUUUCUACUUGAGAAAUACUGAUUUCUGGUUAUCAAUUAUCCUCCCUGUGGCACUUGACAUUUUAAUUGUCUUAAACUUUCUGGUGUACAUUUUCUGGCUCUCUGAGUGCUGCCAGAAGCAAAAGAUGUUUGUUUCAUUCAUUCCACUUGCAUUGUCUCCUGGGAUCCCGUCUGCAGCCUAAAGUGUGGCUGGGAAAUGGACUUGAGAAGAUUGGCUUGAAUAAGAUUCAUAAUUAUGUGUGAUCCCAUCAUGAGUUCAUUGGAAUUUGUGUUGCAUGGAAGGCAAUCUUUCCUGUUGUAAAUCUUCCUUUUUUUAUGUACAUAUAUUUUGAAAAAUAUGAAUAAACAUGAAAUUUUAAAGCUGCU